AUGUCUCCACAUCAUCUAUUAAUUCUGCUCUUGCUCAUUUUCUUGCUGGUUGGCAUUCAAAUCCAACACACAAACCAGCAGGAAAUUAAAUUUAUCAGAAAAUCAUCACUGAUACAUCAGGAAAUAUCAUCAGAUCAAUGGAAACAAUCAUCUAUAGAUGAUGAUCAAGCCUAUUUAAUGGAAGAAAUAGAUUGGACACUCUCCGAUCACUAUUUUACACAUUGUUGGAAUACCACUCGAUUAAUGAGAGAUGAUUUGUAUUAUGAUAGGAUGUUUACGAUGGGAGAGGAGAUUCCAUCUUCAUUCGGAUGUACUUCUAUUCGAUUACCAACUGUUUAUGAAUAUUAUCCAUAUAAUAGGAAAUCAAUUUAUAAUUCAGAAUUGAGAAAUAUUGGAUUGGAGGAUGAGGCAUUAUGUUCGAGAGUUGCUGAUUGGGAACGAAAUUUAAAUGUGAGCUGUCAGACAUUAUUAUGUGAAAUGGAUGGGAAAAGUGAAGGAUAUUCAGAUUUGAAUGCAAUGAUUAGACAAAGAACUGAUUCAAAGACCAGAAUUGAAGAUUGGGUUAAUUAUUGUCAAUAUUGUAAAGUGGAUAAUUUGAGGAAAUAUAGGGAAGAAAAGAAAUGUAAUCCCAAAGAUGAAACUGCCAAUUUUUUAAUUAGAAAGUUUCCAAACUCUGCAUUCUUUUGUGGAUUUCACCAAUUUGGAAUACCCUUCAUUAUUAAUACGUCGAGAAUUGUUGAUUUAUCAGUGCCUCUGGAACAUACUGAUUUUUCAUUCAUUUGCUAUUGUAGAGAGAGCCAGGCCUUUCACUUUAAAUGUCCAGAUGUGACAACUGAAUUCGAGUUGAAAACUGAAUAUUUUGCAUUUUUACUCACAAUAUUUAACAGUGUUUCGAUAAUAUCUACGUUAGUAUUACCAAAAGGAUUUUCAAUGAUUAAGGAUCGCAAAAUUAAUUGA